CGGGGCGGCAGCGGCCGCCUCCUUCCUGGUGCCGGCGCGGGGGCGGCGGCGCGGCGGGGCCGGGGUAGCGCAGGGCCCGGGCGCCUCCCACGGCUCCUCAUGGCCGGGAACUUCUGGCAGAGCUCGCACUAUUUACAAUGGAUUUUGGAUAAACAAGAUCUACUGAAGGAACGCCAAAAAGACUUGAAAUUUCUGACUGAAGAAGAAUAUUGGAAGCUACAGAUAUUUUUUACUAAUGUUAUCCAGGCUUUAGGUGAACAUCUUAAAUUAAGACAACAAGUUAUUGCCACUGCUACAGUCUACUUCAAGAGAUUCUAUGCCAGAUAUUCCCUAAAAAGUAUAGAUCCAGUAUUAAUGGCUCCUACGUGUGUGUUUUUGGCAUCCAAAGUAGAGGAGUUUGGUGUUGUUUCAAAUACAAGGUUGAUUUCUGCUGCUACUUCUGUGUUGAAAACUAGGUUUUCAUAUGCCUUCCCGAAGGAGUUUCCUUAUAGGAUGAACCAUAUACUAGAAUGUGAAUUCUAUCUCUUAGAAUUAAUGGACUGCUGUUUGAUAGUGUAUCAUCCUUAUAGACCUUUGCUCCAAUAUGUGCAAGAUAUGGGCCAAGAAGACAUGCUGCUACCUCUUGCUUGGAGGAUAGUGAAUGACACGUAUAGAACUGAUCUUUGUCUGCUGUACCCUCCUUUCAUGAUAGCUCUAGCUUGCCUACACGUGGCCUGUGUUGUCCAGCAGAAGGAUGCGAGGCAAUGGUUUGCUGAGCUAUCUGUUGAUAUGGAAAAGAUUUUAGAAAUAAUCAGGGUUAUUCUGAAGCUGUAUGAGCAGUGGAAGAACUUUGAUGAGAGAAAAGAGAUGGCUACUAUCCUUAGCAAAAUGCCUAAACCAAAACCACCUCCAAACAGUGAAGGAGAACAGGGUCCAAACGGUAGCCAGAACUCUAGUUAUAGCCAAUCUUAAGACAUUCCAAAGAACUUCUUUACGGACCACUUUGACUCAAGACAUCCUGGGAUCUUUCCUGUGUUCAUGAAAUGGACAGAAUUUUUUUAAUACCAUCUUUGACAAAGAACUUGAAGAAUAAAUAGCUUGUUUGUGUCAAGCAUUUUGGAAGUUUAUUCUUUAAAACUGCAUCAUUUUCUCUGACGCUGGAGCAAAUGUACUAAGAUUUCUCAGUGUAAGGAAUCAAAUGUUAAACCAAGCUGCAGAAGGGUAACACUGUCCACUCAAAACAAGUAGUUCAUUACUGGUUUGGUUUGCUUUGAGAAAAUUGUGGCUUGCCAUUAAAAGUGAUUUUUAUAUUUUAAAGAGUAAUCUUGAAGCCUAAGUGUACCUAUAUUAAUGACCUGCGUUGUCUUCAUUUUGUUUGUGACUGAAGGCGGAUAGUGCACUGUAUGUUAAACCUAUUAAUUGCUUACAGUUUUGGUGAUUUAUUUUCCUAACACAUCUGGAUUUUCUAACAAGUGAAGCGGUCCUUCAGGAGCAAAGCAUGGGAGAAUUGCAAAGAACGGUGUUAGAGUUUUCAUUAAAACUGCAGGGAAGAAAUUCAGUUCAUUUUUGGGGUUAGAAAAAUGCUUGUUUUAUUCAGUAGCUGUACUUGGAUGUUUUUGCCCCUGGAGCUUAGAAGCCCAACUCACCAGGAAAGUGCAAUAUGUACAGCGAGUCUGCAGUUUUCCUAAGCAUUUCAAGCAUCUGGAACCUAAAAAACAAAACAAAACACCAGCAAUGAUGGUUUUUUUUUUUGCAUGUACAGUGUAGUACAAUUGGGGUAUUUCACAAACAAACACAAAUCUGGCUGAUUGGGAUUUUUUGGGAUUUUUUUCUCUUUUCCUUUUGUGCAAAAGAUAUACACUGUUAGUCUGCCUUCACUGUUAGUGUGAAUUUGUGUGGCACGUUAAAGAGGUUAUUUAAGAGGAUCAAGCUUUUCGGUGAGCUUCGUACUGGCUGAUUUUUAAUUGUGAUCUUAGAAGCAACUCUUUAGAAUAACUGAAAUGGGAUUCCUUGGUUGACUGUGUGCUGGAGAAAAUGAGAUUCCUUCAAAUAGAAGGCCAUAUCCUGUGUUCCUUACUCAGGCAGAUAUCCCACUGAAGUCAGGAAUUGGCCUAAAUCAAACGUAAUGAGUUUUAGUUAACUUUGUUUCUAAAUAGUUUCUGUACAACUUCAUUUUGAAUAAGAGUGCUAACUUGCCCAAGUAUAAGAAUGGAACAAUAAAAUAAAGUGAAGUACCAUUGU